GUUGUGUGCGUGAGGUUGUCUGUGUGAGUGAGCGAGGCUCGUCGCGGCGGCGCGAACAUUCAGUCGACAACCGGCGACCGCGAGCCAACCGCGUUGUCAUACUGUACUUCCUCGCUCCAUCCAUCCAAGCAGCCAAGCAAGGGUUCGCGUGAGCUCCCGCCGCGCCCGCGACUAACCGUGUCAGUUCCUCUACCCGUGUGGUGUGUGACUCCGGCCGACCGGGACCAGCCGGCCACGUGCUGUGACAGUGAAAUCGUGGUUCCGAUUGCGGAUGUGCAGUGAUGGAUAAGUAAGACAAGCGCUACGCGAACAAGUUUCGUGUUAUUUUCGGAGUAGCAAGUGUGGAUCGUCAAAAUUGAGCCCAAACUGUAUUUAGAUUAUAACGCCACCCCGCUAUUCGCCUCAGAAAACGCAACCAGUGACGUGUGGGUGUCAGGCGUCGGAGGUGGCGGGGUGGUAGCGGGGGGCGGGACCCGCGUCGCAGCAUGCGGUAACAGCGGCAUGGACCUGAAGCACGAGGUAGCGUACCGCGGGCUGGCGGGCCAAGUGAAGGUCGAGCCCGGAGUGCCGGUACACAGCGGUCUGCCCGUCAACGGACACGCACGCGACUGGAUGGCCGGCGGAGGCUCGCCCUCGCCCGGAGCGGCGCACGCGCAGCCUAACGGAUACUCCUCGCCGCUCUCCUCCGGCAGCUACGGACCGUACAGCCCCAAUGGAAAAAUAGGUCGCGAAGAGCUGUCUCCAGCAUCGAGUAUCAAUGGCUGCAGCACGGAUGGUGAGGCCAGGCGGCAGAAGAAAGGCCCGGCGCCACGGCAGCAGGAGGAACUGUGUCUCGUGUGUGGAGACAGGGCGUCGGGAUACCACUACAACGCUCUCACCUGUGAAGGCUGUAAAGGGUUCUUCAGGAGGAGCGUCACUAAAAAUGCGGUGUAUAUUUGUAAGUUCGGUCACGCCUGUGAGAUGGAUAUGUAUAUGCGAAGAAAAUGUCAGGAAUGCAGGUUGAAGAAAUGUUUGGCGGUUGGCAUGAGGCCCGAAUGCGUGGUUCCUGAGCCGCAGUGCGCGUUGAAAAGGAAAGAGAAGAAGGCACAAAGGGAGAAAGACAAAUUACCAGUGAGUACGACGACAGUUGACGAUCACAUGCCGCCUAUGAUGCAAUGUGAUCCGCCGCCACCAGAUGCCGCGAGAGUCCACGAAGUGGUCCCGCGGUUUCUAUCGGAGAAGCUUCUGGAACAGAACCGACUGAAGAACAUACCGCCACUGACGCCCAACCAACAGUUCCUGAUCGCGAGGCUGGUGUGGUACCAGGACGGCUAUGAGCAACCUUCUGAAGAAGACCUAAAAAGAGUUACACAGACCUGGCAACAAAGCACAGAAGACGACGACGGGGAUACAGACGUAGCGUUCCGACAGAUCACUGAGAUGACCAUUCUAACGGUACAACUCAUUGUGGAGUUCGCUAAAGGCUUGCCUGGCUUUGGAAAAAUAUCACAACCAGAUCAAAUUACUUUACUAAAGGCGUGUUCAAGCGAAGUGAUGAUGUUGAGAGUUGUGCGGCGAUACGACGCGGCCACUGAUAGCAUAUUGUUCGCCAACAACGAGGCGUAUACUCGCGACAACUACCGCAAGGCUGGCAUGUCCUACGUCAUCGAGGAUCUACUGCACUUCUGCCGAUGCAUGUACUCUUUGUCCCUCGAUACCGUCCAUUACGCGCUGCUUACGGCUAUUAUAAUCUUCUCAGAUCGGCCUGGUCUAGAGCAGCCGCAGCUAGUGGAGGAGAUCCAGAGAUACUACCUGACCACACUGCGGAUGUACAUCAUGAACCAGUUCAGCGCUUCACCCAAGUGCGGGGUGCUGUUCGGCAAGAUUCUUUCCGUGCUGUCCGAAGUGCGCACACUGGGCAACCAGAACUCCAACAUGUGCAUCUCCCUGAAGCUCAAGAACAGGAAGCUGCCGCCGUUCCUCGAGGAGAUCUGGGACGUGGCGGACGUGUCUACAGCGCAGCCUCCCCCCAUUAUCGAUAGCCCCGUCGACCUCUAGCCUCAGCGCUGCGUCAGACAACGAGACCAUGGGCUGGUCUAAGCCCCACACAUCCAGGAGAGAAACGCUCAUAGACUGGUUAGUUUUAGUGAAGUGCACGAACAUUGACGUCAUCCGCCUCUGGCCGGCGUGACGGCGGAGUGACGACGCGUGCGAGAUUAGUGAAUAUAUUGUGCUGUUGAACGUUCGAAGUAUAUUUAGUGUUGUGCCGCGGCGUCGACCUGCGAUAAGUACUUUUUUUAUUUCAUUUACGACUGGAUAAUGAGUUGGUCACUCGCUACUAUGUGUGAUAAUAUAAGUACACCUUGAGAUGGAAGUGUGAGUGUUAUAGUUUAAUAUAUGGAGAGUUUCUAUUGGAAGUAAAAAGUUUUGAAAGUUAUGUUUAUUUAAACGAAAUUAACGGAACUUUUCGAUUAUUUAUAUAUAUUUGUGGCAGAUGGUUCGCGAUGUUGACUGUUGAUGUGUUUGUUUGAUUUAAAUGCCCCGUGGUCAAACUUCGUCGGAGCUAAGUAGCACUCCAUAGAGUCUAAUUUCUAAUUUGUAAGUGCAAUAAUAUUUAUACUGUUAGAUUUAAACAAAGCAUUAACUUUUAGCGAAAUGUGCUAGGUCUAAAAGAUUUCAUAGUACAAUGUAAUGGUGUUGUCGAUGAAAUUCUGUAUGGUAUAUAUACCCAUAGUUGAAAGAGAAUGUUUUACUCGUCAAUUUGUAAGUUUGACCACGUGUACGGGCUGACUGUUUGUUUAUAUAUAGUUUAUAUCACACGUUAUCACAUCCUGUCGAUUUGAGUUCCGAUACAUUAAUGUCCUGUCCCAUGUGUAUACAUAAUUAUAAUUUAUCGCUGUGAUUACAUUUACAUUUUGAAAUAUCUUAUGUAGGUUGAAUUAAGUGCGUCUUAUUACCAUUUAGGUAUGCUACCAUCGACAGUAGCUUUCAUAUUAUAGUCAUCGACCGUUUCUCAGUUGUAAAAUAUAAGUAUGUUCAGAGUGAUAUGUUUCUGUAUGUCAGUCUAGAAUAUCGAUUUUCUUCACAAUUGUACGGUCAGCAAGAACAUGUGAAACGUAAUUUAAACUCAUUUAACAUGUUAAUAUUUGAAAUUUGUAUUAUAUUUACCGAGUUAUGUUUUUGCUGACUGUACAAGUUUGAUAUUGCUUGUUAUUACUUAAGCAACAUUAACAUACCGUACCGUAAGUCGCCUAAACAGUAAAUAUAUAGACUUUUCGUGUCAUUUUCCUUACUGGAGAUAGAUUUGGCUUGCAAUGUACAAAAGAUAAAAUAUACUCGGGUAACGUCGGGUGCAUUUUAAUGGCAGCUGUUUCAUUGAAGGUAGAUUAGUAACGGCCCUUUUAUUUUAAUAAUUAGUAUUCCAACCUUUCUAUAAGUUUGACUAACAAACAGUUUUAAGUAAUUUAAAAUGGCAGCUAUUAUUGGAAUUCUUAUUUAUUCUUUCUUUCUUUCCUACGACUUUGGCCGAGCUUAAUCAUGGGAACAAUAUUGGUAUAGAAAUUAACAAAAGCACUCAACGUUACCUCACCAGCCAAGUCCUCCUCCAAUACUUGUGAUAUAUCGAUGUACACAACAAAUUAACUGGAACCAAUUGGAAACACAUACAAAAUGCCUUAAUUCGCGUUACCUGUACUCAUGUACCUACGUUGUUGAUGUAUGUCAUAGUAUAUAGAACAUAAAUUAUCGAUCUCAAUACCGUAAGCGUUGUUAAAUCGUUAAGCGUUCACGACUCAUUUGCCGUUUGUAAACGUAAACAAUAUAUACGAAAAUUUACCUUAUGUUCAUUUGAUAUCAUUUGAAAUUAUUUGCAGAUCGUUGUAAUAGUAAAGGUCAAUUUCGAAUGUAACGCCCACGUGUUAGAAAUGGCGUCAGCGUGACGUCAGUAUGUAAACAGUACUGUUGUUUGAUUAUACCUGGAAGUAUAGGGUUACUUUUGAAACAUAAACCAUAUCGAUCUACUAUCAAUUAGUUCCUUUAUCUCAAAUUUAAAUAUCAAUUAAAAAACAAAAACUCAAAUUAUAUUUGUGUUUCCAUAGUAACCACGAUGACGUCACAAGAUGGCGGCCAUCUCAUUGCGCGGGUAUUAUAUAACUGAAACUUCCUUCAUGUUUGUAUUCUAGAACGCCUCUUAAUACGUAAUCAGUGUUUUGUUUCAUUUAUGUACAGUUAAGACGCUAAACAACGGAUUUUGAUCACGGAUUACGUCGUGAGAGGCAUUCUAGAAUAGUUAACUUGGUAAUAUAUUUUAUAUAGAUGGUAAUGUGUUUACGAUCAAACGAAUCACAACUCUAAGAUAUCGCUAAAUAUAAUGAUAGUGUAUAAUCGUUGUGCAGUGUCCGUCUUAAAAUUGUUCGUUGUGUGUCGCGAAACAGACUAAUCGUUAAUUAUAGUAAUAAAACGCGUUUCAUCUCAGAACUCUCGCGAAAUCUUCAAUACCCUUAAUUGAUAAUUAAUUAAAUAAUAAGGCCGUGUUUGCGUGUUGAAUGUCUUCUUGGCAUGCCAUUAAAUGUAAAUUUACACGACGUAUGUUUGUGGUUUUUGAUGCAUUUGUAAUAAUUACGUGUAAAGCCUUCGUGAGACGAUCGAACCGGCACCGCGGAUCGCUCGCUAGUUCGCUUCGAGACAAUUUUUCGACUUAUUUAUAAUCGUAGAGGUAGGACGUUAAAAAAUAGAUUUACAAAAGCACAAACUGAGUGUCUUAGCUGUGUCUGUUAGCGGCGUAUUAACUACACACUGCCAUUUAAAACGUAUUCCCACGCGCUCGGUGUGAAUGUGAACGGUGUGUAUCGACAUCGUAUCGGUCUGACAUUUGGAGUGACUGCACUCCGCGAAUAACUUUACGCUAUUCGAUGCCUUAUGGCUCAGGUGUUAAGGUGUGAAUCGCAUCGCAUACUUUGCAUCUGAGUAAGUAACAAAACUGCCAUUCGAUAAGUAAUAAUUAUUGUAAUCAUUCGCUAGCCGUUCAUACUAGCUUCGUAGAGACCGGUGUCCGCGGGUGCGCUCUCGUAUUUGAUACAUAUUAUUCAAUUUCGAAGUUGUAAUAGAUUUACUAAGUAUUUAAUAGUCUCGCACGAGAUAAGUAUUGAGAUACCGUAAAAUAAUUUGUGUCUUAGCCGUUAAUGACAUUAGUGUGACGUUAAGUUUAUAUCGCUUAUGAAUGUAAGCUCGGCCAUGUUGGAGGGGAUUCCACGCCGGACGGAACGAAGAACGACACGAGAAGACUGCGCAUGCGCAACCGUUGACGGAUCAACUGUUCUAUUACCAACCACUGACUUAGAAUAUGCUAGCGUAUAGACAGCCCGUUACCAAUUUUGAUUUCUCAAUAUGUGCGUUACGUAGUGGUAAACUUUACCAGUGGGAGGCUCCUUUGCACAGGAAGUCGGCUAGAUUAUGGGUACCACAACGGCGUCUAUUUCUGCCGUGAAGCAGUAAUGUGUAAACAUAACUGUGUUUCUGCCUGAAGGGCACCGUAGCUGGUGAAAUUACUGGGCAAAUAAGACUUAACAUCUUAUGUCUCAAUGUGACGAGCGCAAUUGUAUUGUGUUGUGUGCCGCUCAGAAUUUUUGGGCUUUUCAAGAAUCCUCAGCGGCACUGCAUUGGCCGUAUCAUAUUAGUUGAACGUCCUGCUCGUCUCGUCCCUUAUUUUCAUAAAAAUAACACCUCCCAGCCCGAUAAUUUGUGACCAAUUUUGAUUUGGCAAUAUGUGCGUUACUUAGAGGUAAUUUAGUUUAAUAUUCAAAAUACUAAGGAGCUAUACCGACCGUGGCUGACUGUUGAUGACUUAACAAUAAAAAUCGAUUACACUUACAAUAGAUUCGCUAUUCUUUUCUAUCUUGCUGUAUCUUCGUUAGAAAUGUUUUCCCACGCUUUGUCUGUCUAUACGCUAGUAUAUGUUACCAACGCUUUUACAAAGCACUUUCUGUCGAGAAACACUGCAACAGUAACCAAGUGACCAAUUCUGGCACGACGUCUGACUAGCGGCAGACAAGUGCCCACGAAACUUUGUACAUAAAACCCUUUAGAUUUUAUUGUCAUAUGUUUGACAUAUGUUUAAUUUUAUUCAUCUAAUAAAGUACAGAUGGCUGUUGUUAUUUUUAUAUUAUUUGGGUAGAUAUAUAUUUUUUUUGUAAAAGACCACUGUAUUUAUCUUUUCUAAGCUUUGUAAGCGUUAGGACUUAAUAUUGUGGAGCUGCGAUUAUUGUGAUUGAAAAAUUGAAUUAUUAUUUACGUUCAUAUGCGUAUUCGAUUCGACAAAAUCGUUCUAAAUAUCGUUAUUUGAGAGUGCAAUAUGUACAAAUAUUUACAUAUAUGAAUUGUACAGUAAUUUUAGUUUUAAUUUCGUCGGCGUACAUUCUAUACUUGUUAUGCCGACAGUACAUCAGAUGGCAUAAUAAACGAUAUCACAGUGGGUUGGGACCCCAACUUAUUAAACUAAUAUGUUUACUUAAGCUUAAGUGAUUAAUUUUUACAUAGAAGUGAUAGGUGACCGUUAUAUUUAAAUUUGCUAAUUUUGUGUAGCAGAUUAGAUUUGUUUACUAUAAGGUAAUGUACAUUUCUGAAUUGAUUUAAAAGUGAUUUAGUUGUUAUUUAGAAUCGAAUUUUUAUAAGUAUGGCAGCCUCAGCCUCCGAAACCAGUGCGACUGCAAUUUCCGAUUGAAAUUUAUCCGUUCUACUAACAAGCUAAAGUCGACUCUAAUUUAUAUAACAGUGGAAUACUUUUACGUUGUAUUCUUUGACUGUAUGGUAGCUUCGACUGCAGAAAGCAACUCACAGUACUUAAAGAUUGGAUAAAACUGCUGUUUAGUUCUAAAUUUCCCGGCCUUUUUAUGUUCAGUUUGGGAGUACCUGUUAUUAUAAAAUUUUGAAAAUUGUCAGUUAGGGCAUUAUUAUUAACUUUAAUCAUAGAAAUUAUUUAUUUUCAUGGAAGUUACAGAAGUAUUGAAAAUGAUCUAGAACUAAUUAUCAGUUUUAACCAGUGCUUUAAAUAUUUUGUCUGCAGAAAAUACCUUAAGUCUGAAUAAGUUGAUAUCUAAUGGUUGUUUCCAAUAAAAUAUUUUCCCUGUCCGUAUAGUUAAUGUCAUUUAAGUAACCGCCAGUAUUGUACAUAAGUGCUAUUAUUCUAGAAUUGGUUACAUGACGAAAAAAAGAGAUAGAUAGACGUGCUGUGGAUCAGUGACACAUAUCUAUCUGCGGACAGGGAUAUAUAGAUACUGGAAACGCCAAAACCGCCAUUUUAGCUCUACGAGAUAACGCGUUGUAACUUUUAUUUGCAUCAUAAUACUUAUUGCCUUAGUAAUGUUAUAUUAUUUAACUGCAGCGGUGAAGAGAAUUAGAUAUAGAAACAGACAUGACUAUGUUAAAAUUUUAGAGAGUCAACUUUUAUAAAAGAUAUAAUAUCUAUUAAACAAAUGAUGAAAAGGUGUGUACAAAAAGAGGAAAUUUGUAUGAAACAUUGUUAUGCGAAUAAACUUACACCUCAAUAUAAAAUUUAAAAAUAUUA